AUGUCGACCGAAACUUUCGAGUUCCAGGCUGAGAUCUCUCAGUUGCUCUCCCUCAUCAUCAACACUGUCUACUCCAACAAGGAGAUCUUUAUGAGAGAACUGAUCUCCAAUGCCUCAGAUGCCCUUGACAAGAUCAGAUAUGAAGCUCUCUCAGACCCCUCCAAGCUUGACUCGGGCAAAGACCUCCGCAUCGACAUCAUCCCAGACAAGGAGAACAAGACCCUGACCAUCCAGGAUACUGGCAUUGGUUUCACUAAGGCCGACUUAGUCAAUAACCUCGGUACCAUUGCCCGCUCGGGUACCAAGCAGUUUAUGGAGGCUCUCACCGCUGGUGCUGAUAUCUCCAUGAUCGGCCAGUUCGGUGUCGGUUUCUACUCUGCCUACCUCGUCGCCGACAAGGUCACAGUCAUCUCCAAGCACAACGACGAUGAGCAGUACGUAUGGGAGUCGUCCGCUGGCGGCACCUUCAAUAUCAUUCAGGAUACCGAGGGCCCUGAGCUUGGCCGCGGCACCAAGAUCAUCCUGCACCUGAAGGAUGAGCAGACCGAGUACCUCAACGAGGCCAAGAUCAAGGAGGUUGUCAAGAAGCACUCCGAAUUCAUCUCAUACCCUAUCUACCUGCACGUCCUCAAGGAGACCGAGAAAGAGGUCCCCGACGAGGAUGCAGAAGAGGUCGAGGAUGACGAUGAGAAGAAGGCCAAGAUUGAGGAAGUCGAUGACGACGAGGAAGACAAGGAGAAGAAGCCCAAGACCAAGAAAGUCAAGGAGUCCAAGAUUGAGGAAGAGGAGCUCAACAAGACCAAGCCGAUCUGGACUCGAAACCCCACCGACAUCACCACUGAGGAAUACGCAUCCUUCUACAAGUCUCUUUCCAACGACUGGGAGGAUCACCUUGGUGUCAAGCACUUCUCAGUUGAGGGUCAGCUUGAGUUCCGCGCCAUCCUCUUCGUGCCCAAGCGCGCUCCUUUCGACCUGUUCGAGACCAAGAAGACCAAGAACAACAUCAAGCUCUACGUCCGCCGUGUCUUCAUCACUGAUGAUGCUACCGAUCUCAUUCCAGAGUGGCUUAGCUUCAUCAAAGGUGUCGUCGACUCCGAGGAUCUGCCUCUGAACCUUUCUCGCGAAACCCUCCAGCAGAACAAGAUCAUGAAGGUCAUCAAGAAGAACAUCGUCAAGAAGUGCCUCGAGCUCUUCACUGAGAUUGCUGAGGACCGCGAGCAGUUCGACAAGUUCUACUCUGCCUUCAGCAAGAACAUCAAGCUCGGCAUUCACGAGGACUCCCAGAACCGUCAAGCUCUGGCCAAGCUCCUCCGCUUCCAGUCUACUAAGUCCGGCGAGGAGUCCACCUCUCUCACUGACUAUGUAACCCGUAUGCAGGAGCACCAGAAGCAGAUGUACUACAUCACUGGCGAGUCCAUCAAGGCCGUUGAGAAGUCUCCCUUCCUCGAUACCCUCAAGCAGAAGGGCUUCGAGGUUCUCUUCCUCGUUGAUCCUAUCGAUGAGUACGCCAUGACUCAGCUCAAGGAGUUUGAUGGCAAGAAGCUCGUCGACAUCACCAAGGACUUCGAGCUCGAGGAGACUGAGGAUGAGAAGAAGGAGCGUGAGGCUGAGGAGAAGGAGUAUGAAGAGCUUGCCAAGUCGCUCAAGAACAUCCUUGGCGACAAGGUCGAGAAGGUCGUUGUCUCCCACAAGCUCAUCGGCUCUCCUUGCGCCAUCCGCACUGGUCAAUUCGGCUGGUCUGCUAACAUGGAGCGUAUCAUGAAGGCUCAGGCUCUUCGCGACACUUCCAUGUCCUCGUACAUGUCCUCCAAGAAGACUUUCGAGAUCUCGCCCAAGUCUCCAAUCAUCCGCGAGCUGAAGCGCAAGGUUGAGGCUGAUGGCGAGAACGACCGCACCGUCAAGUCAAUUACACAGCUGCUCUUCGAGACCUCGCUACUCGUCUCCGGCUUCACCAUUGACGAGCCUGCUGGCUUUGCUGAGCGCAUCCACAAGCUCGUAUCUCUUGGUCUCAACGUUGACGAGGAUGCCGAGACCGAGGAGGAGAAGGCCUCAGAGGAUGCUCCUGCCGCCGAAGCUGGUGAGAGCACCAUGGAGGAGGUCGACUAA